CAUGUAUGUAUAUGUAUGUAUAUAUGUGUGUGUGUGACAAAAAAACAUUUUUUGUCCAACAGGAUGGAAUGACUUCCUCUAUCUCAACGCUCUCUUCUUUCCAAACUGCUCUUUCCAAGUUUGGUCCUCCACAUUGAGGAAGCUAUAACACCCGCGUCGUCUUUUCCUUAACCUUAUACUACUUUUCAGGAGUACUACAUGUGUGUGUGAGAAUGUCAGUCAAAUGAGUGUGAAGGCCAUCAUGGCUGUGGGUGAUGGGAAAUGGCGUCCAUGUUGUGAUGCUGUGGUGAGUUCAUGGCAUGACAGAAAUGCUCUGAACUAGUAAGUCAAUUCAAAAUCAAAACAAUGUAGUGUUCAGGUAAUAAGUCUUCCUAAACGGUUUCAUAUUUUUAAUCUGCCAUGUGUAUUCGAAAACCUGAUGCUUGCUUGCCAGGAACAGUAAGAAAUACUAUUUAUUUAACACUUUAUUUUGUUCUUGCAGAAACUGAAACGAUGCCACCAAAGAAGACAGUGAAAAGAGUGGUGGGACCACAGAAGAGAAAAAAUCCUAAUCCAGGGUCACGGGGAACCUGGAGCCUAUCCCAGGGAGCAUCGGGCACAAAGCGAGGUACACCCUGGACAGGGUGCCAAUGUUACAGUGACCUUGUGGUUAUUUCUGAUGACGAGUGUCCUGAAACGUCCUCACAAGGCCAACUGAAUCCAAGAUCACGGGAACAUAAUCAAGCUAUCCAAAGACCAGUAGCUGUUAUAACACCGCAGUCUAGAGCAAUCUUGCAAACUACACAAGUUGAGGACACCCUGACAGUCAGUGAUGAUGAUUCAUGCGCAUCAGAUGUGAGUGAUGCUGACGAAGGACAAGCGGAGGAGGACGUUCCGGAAAAUAACAGAUUAGCACGUAUAUAUGUCCAUGGCUUGUACUAUGAUGGUAACAUCACGGUUCAAACAUCUGGCAGGAGCGAUUCUUGCCAGCCUUCAGGUGGCCCAAUGAAUCGAUUUAAUAACAAAGACACGAUCAACCAGAGAGCGACUAACAAUGCUACAGUGUGUGACAAUGACAUUGUGGUUAUUUCUGAUGACGAGUGUCCUGAAACGUCCACACAAGACCAACUGAAUCCAAGAUCACGGGAACAUAACCAAGCUAUCCAAAGACCAGUAGCUGUUAUAACACCGCAGUCUAGAGCAAUCUUGCAAACUACACAAGUUGAGGACACCCUGACACCUGAUUAUGAUUCAUGCGCAUCAGAUGUGUGUGAUGCUGACGAAGGACAAGCGGAGGAGGAAGGCUUUGAACAUGUUGAUAACACAUUUCAAAAUGGUCCAGACAAUGACAUUGUGGUUAUUUCUGAUGAUGAGUGUCCUGAAACGUCCACACAAGACCAACUGAAUCCAAGACCACGGGAACAUAACCAAGCUAUCCAAAGACCAGUAGCUGUUAUAACACCGCAGUCUAGAGCAAGCUUGCAAACUACACAAGUUGAGGUCACCCUGACAGUCAGUGAUGAUGAUUCAUGCGCAUCAGAUUUGAGUGAUGCUGACAAAGGACAAGCGGAGGAGGAAGGCUUUGAACAUGUUGAUAAUACAUUUCAAAAUGGUCCAGGAAUGAAGUCAAUGAACAAGAAACCAAAAGCCCAUCCAGUGAAAGGAGUGGUGGGACCGCAGAAGAGAAAAAAUCCUAAUCCAGCAGAAGGUCAGAAUCUAGCAAAAAAGAAGAGAAAGUCUCCAGCAUGUGUGGAUACAUCAUAUUUUCAUAAUUAUUUGUGUGCAGAUAACAUGCCUGUUCUAGCUCUAAUUCAACCCAAUGUGCAUUUUGUUAUGGUUCCUGCGGGUAACAUCACGGUUCAAACAUCUGGCAGGAGCGAUUCUUGCCAGCCUUCAGGUGGCCCAAUGAAUCGAUUUAAUAAUGAAGACACGAUCAACCAGAGAGCGACUAACAAUGCUGCAGUGUUUGCACAGAGAGAUAAGAUAGACAACUCUCAAACUGGAAACAAGAAUAUUCAAGAUGAAAACCUGUUGUUUCUAAGGAAAAACCGUGUUGAGUUAAUCGACAGGGUAAAAAAUGUCCCUGAAAUCCUCGAUCGCCUCAAAUUAUCCAACGAAAAAGCAGCGAUAGUGCGAGCAGAGAGGACAGAUCAGGAGAGGAUGAGGAAGCUUCUGGAGUUCACGACCAGCACACAUGGUGCAAAGUUUCUAGUCACAGCCUUGUGGAGCUGCGCAAGCGAUGUCAUGGAAGACCUGACCAACACCAACUACAAUGACCUUGUGGUUAUUUCUGAUGACGAGUGUCCUGAAACGUCCACACAAGGCCAACUGAAUCUAAGAUCACGGGAACAUAAACAAGCUAUCCAAAGACCAGUAGCUGUUAUAACACCGCAGUCUAGACCAAUCUUGCAAACUACACUUGAGGACACCCUGACAGUCAGUGAUGAUGAUUCAUGCGCAUCAGAUGUGAGUGAUGCUGACGAAGGACAAGCGGAGGAGGACGUUCCGGAAAAUAACAGAUUAGAAGAGAUCAGCAUCGCAGUGAGAGAAUUCUUAGACAGAAAAGCUGCUUUAUUGGAGAGCUUUGAACAUUUUGAUAAUAUAUCUCAGAAUGCUCCAGGUUGGGUUUGUGUACAAUCAAUGCACAGUACCCUCGAAUCCAUGAAUAGUUGUGCCACAGCGAACAUAAAUUUGCUAAAAAAAAUCAAUGAAAGGUAUGGCACAGAAAUGCCCGAUUUACAUUUCAGUUACAUAUUCCAAAAAAAGGAAAAGUGAAAAUACUCUGACAUCACCUCAUGAUUAAAUAGUCUUUACGUUGGGACACCCAUAUUUAUCUGAUGCAAUCAACCAGCUGAAUGAAAUUUUAGCUCCGUCACACCAGUUCGUUAGUCCGAGCCCUAGUCAGAGUUCCAAUCACAAUGUAACAAAUACACCAGUGAGCCAAUACGAUAUAUUCUAUGAACUCUGCGAAAGUCUGUUAAGAUUACAGAAUAGCCUAAACGAACAUUCUGUACAAUUAAACCCUGAUUUAAUCGAAGCAGUCAACCAGUUGAAUGAAAAUUUGACUAUCUCCUGAACACAACUUCAAUAUCUUCUCAACUCCUGAACUCUCACAGGAACAUAGACCCUUUUAUGUUCAUCUGUUAUACGAACUUAAUGAAAGUCUUAUGAGGUUAAAUGACAGUCUGGUUAACUUAAUCAAACCCCCUGCCAAUAUUCCACAAAAUUUGGGAAAUGAUAAUGAGUACGUCCCUCCAAUGGAAAACAUAUCAUCACCUAAUAUCCACGAUUUGCAAAUGGAAGACAUGCCAUCACCUAAUAUCCAAGAUGGUAAUGGGAUAGAUCCUAAUAUUAGAAUAAUUAAUAAUGACAGAUUCAACACCAAGAUUAGGAGAAGAGUGAAUUUUUCUUAAUGUCACUAAUCACUAAUUUCAACAGCUUUGUGGAAUUUUAUAAUUAUGAUUUAAACAGUGUGAUUGAAAUCGCUAAUUAUUUAAUUUCAUCUGAAGAUUUUGUCACAGGUGAAAUUAGAGGUGAUACACUCAAUGUUUCAUGGCGCAUUCAGUUAGUCAAUGUUGCCAUCGUUUUACAUUCUUUUAUAACCAUGUCCAAAAAUGCCAUUCAGAGUAAACGUGAAAUAAUAAUUAUUAUUAAAACACUGAAAUAGUCAUCUAAAUUGUCUGACCAACCUUGGGGUGGUGCAUCUAGAAGGACAACAGACAAGAGACUGAUUAAACCGCUGAAUGCUAAUGUAUUCAUUGGCAUUUUCACUAUAGCAUAUGCUAGACUUGAAUUGUACGAUCUGAUGGAUCGAUUACAACAGUGUUGUUUGGACACAGACACCGACGGCAUCAUUUUUAAAAGUAGGGAAGGUAAUUGAAUGCCACCUUUAAGCAAUUACUUUGGUGGUCUUAACAGCGACCUAGAUGAUGGCGAUCAAAUCGUAGAAUUCGUAAGUGCAGGUCCAAAAAAGUUAGGGUUACAAAACUGUCAAAGGAAAAGCAGCUAUGAAAGCUAAAGGCAUUACUUUAAAUUAUACCAAUUCCGAAGUUGUCAAUUUAAAAUCGCUGACAGAGCUGGUGGACAUGCGAGUGAACAAUUCAGAUCAAACUAGUCAACUUAUCACCUCACAUAACCAAAUUGUGCGAGAUAAAAAGUUAUUUAAUUUGAGAAAUAAAUCACAGUUAAAAAAGGUUUAUAAGCCUGCUUUAUUACCUGAUUUCACAACUCUCCCUUAUGAUUAUUAAGACUUUUCAUGUAUAUAUGUAAUGUUGUUUCUGUUUGUGUUUUGUAAUGGAAAAUAUGAACCUUUUUAUGUAUUGUAUGUGGUACAAGUAAAUCGUAUUUUGUUAUUAUAAUAAUUUUAUUAUUAUAUAUGUGUGUUUGCAACCUCUGUAUGAUGAAUCGAUGACCAGAAUAAAUAUAAUUUUUUUUUCAAGGAA